AUGGAGAGUCGGCGAGCCUCCUCCGGCGCGGGCUCUGACCCCACGCGAAAACCGGUUGGGCGCUGGCCCUCGCCGGCCAACGCGUCGCGAGCUGGUCCCGGCCGCUUAAAUGUACUGAAGACUCCAGUGUACAGCGGGCGGCGCGGCGCGGGGCGGCGCGCGCUCACCUCGCAGGCGGCCAGUCGGCUGCCCGCUGGUGUUUUCGCGCCGCGCGGCCUGCGUCACGCAGCACCUACGUAA